AUGAAGUGGGAGUCACUCAUUCUAACCGCCCUCGCCGCUGGUUUGGCGUCGGCCAGAGCCCAUGGCUUGCACGGGCACGGGCACAAGGACGUCCAUCGCCAUCAGAAGAAGGACAGCGGGGUGAAUACCAAGACUGUUGUGCAGUGGGAUGUCGUUACCGUGUACACGACUGUCACCCUUGACGCGGCUGCCACUGCCACUAUUGCCGACGUCGAUGUCUCUGCCGAAACCUCAAUCUCAACCUCGACUUCGAGUGCCUCUACCAGUGACAGCGAUGCCCUCGUGGAAGGUACUGUCGCUGUUUCUAUCGGAGACUCCCCUGUUGACUCUGCCUCCGUCACGACCACGACCACCAUCAGCACAACCACGACCGCCACCAUAACAACGUCCACCACUGCCUCCAGCACCAGCACCAGCACCAGCUCAAGCGACUGGUCCUCAACCCCCUCCUCAGGCACCUUCUCAACAACCGGCUUCGGCACGCGCACAAACUCCAGCAGCAGCAGCGGCAUCACGUACACCGGAAACGUCGGGUCCCCCUGGGGCAGCAACAUCAUCGAAGUGUCCUCAUCAUCGGCCUCAUCCUACAAAUACGUCCUGCAAUUCACGCUCCCCGCCAACACCUCCUCCUCCUCCUCCUGGUUCAUCUCCUUCUGGAACAAAAUCGGCCCCGACGGCGGCAUGGACGGGUGGUACGGGCACUCCGCAUUGAACUUCACGCUUGCCCCCGGUGAAACGCGGUACGUCGCGAUCGACGAGAACAGCCAGGGCGGAUGGGGCGCGGCGGCGGGUGAUUCCUUGCCAACGGACAGCUACGGCGGGUACGCGUGCACGUGGGGUGAGUUCGACUUCGGCGACGAGGAUAAUGACGGCUGGAGCGGGUGGGAUGUCAGCGCGAUCCAGGCGCAGAAUGCGGAUUUGGAUGUGCAGGGGAUGAGGAUUUGUACGGCGGCGGGCGAGGACUGCUCGUAUAUCACGGAAAAUGCGGCGGAUGUGGUGAAUGCGUAUACGGCUGCAGAGGCGAGUGUGGAUGGGAUUGGGGGCGCUGUUGGGGCUGGCCCGGUGAGGUUGGUUGUUGAGGUUGAUUAUAGGGGGUGA